CUUCCUUUCCCUCGGGUCCCGGCGACCGAGGCCAAGCAGGCGGCUGUCCGGAUGUGGGGCUGCGGGGCCCGGGAUUUGCUUUGCUUGUGGGAGGUGCGACUAGCUGGGUUCCUGGGAAGGAGACUGCUGAGCAGCAAUGCUGCCUCGGGGAAGAGCAACGCGCGGCAGUGCUGGAACUGCGGCGGCAGCGCAGGGGGUGUGGAGAGUGGGGAUGGGUUCUUCUGCGAACACUGCCGCGCCUUGCAGCCUCCUGACCCGACUCGGGACUACUUCAGCCUCAUGAAUUGCCACCGAUCCUUCAGGGUUGACGUCAUGAAGCUUCAGCACAGGUACCAGCAACUACAACGUCUCGUCCACCCAGAUUUCUUCAGCCAAAAGUCUCAGACUGAGAAACUCUUCUCAGAGAAGCAUUCGACCCUGGUGAAUGAUGCCUACAAGACUCUUCAGGCUCCCCUGAGCAGGGGACUAUACCUUCUAAAGCUCCAGGGAAUAGAAAUCCCCGAAGGGACCGAUUAUGGAACAGACAGUAGGUUCCUUGUGGAAAUAAUGGAAAUCAAUGAGAAACUCGCGGAGGCUCAAAGUGAGGCUGCCAUGGAAGAGAUAGAGUCCACGGUCAGAGGUAAUAGGUGAGAUUCUCACAAAUACCCUUCAUUGUUCUUAGGAGCUCAUGACUAGGUUACAGGAGAAAUGGGUCAGAAAAACAUUGGUUGGCCCUCAUCGUCAUCCAGGAAGUUCUUUGUUUCCCUCAUCUAGUGAGGAAAAUGAGCCUCCGAUCACGCAGAGAUCUGUAGCCCAGCCAGCACUGAAAUCCUGACCUUCUGGUCCCAUCUGCUUUGUUUUUCAUUUCAUUCCGUAGUGUAUCAAUCAAGGCUCUCUAGAAAGCCAAUAGAGUAUAGGUGUGUGUAUUUCAUAAAAUUCGCCCAGAUGUGUAUGUGUGGAGGCUAACCCAGAAACUGCAGGCAAGACCUGGGACAGUGAGGUGUUUGUGUGCUUCCUGCACAACCGUGAAGACUCAGGUUCAGUCCCCACAUUCCCACAAGUGGUCUCUGACUUCACACAGAUGC